AUGCUGGGGCCUAGUUUUGCAACAGUGGAGGGGGAGGACAGCUCUGUAAUGCGUCUCCUGGGGAAGGUAAAGGAGGGGGACCAGGCCAAGGAGGAACUGCUCAUCCUAUUACAGCAGCUGGGGACUCAACUCCUCAGCAACUCCCUCAAGCAGAUCUCCCAGUGGCUUCCUUUCCUCCUCCUCACUCUGUCUGCUUCUCUAUCUAUCAAUAAUCAAUCCAUCUUAAUACACACUGACUCCCACUUGACUUCAGACAAGUCCAAAGACAUGGGGUUGACUCUGAUUAGAAACAGUUUCUUACUAGAUAGAAGAACCACACAUGGGCCCAAGAUUAAUUAUCUGUAUUUGUUUUUGUAGUUUUUUUGUACAGGGAGGUUAGGCUCAUUCCUGCCGCAGUGAAGAAUGAUGUCGAGCUGUUGAAACACUUCUGCAGUGAAGGGGAGAAAAGGGUGUUGAAGUCUGUUCAAUACACAUCAGGUUUGAGUUAUCUUCACAUUUCUCAAUUUUUUUGGGGUGUGAAUGAAAACGAUUGCUAUUAGGGGGUAAUACUGGGAUAUUCCAAAAAUAUAAAAUGUCUGUGUUCAACCCUCAAAAACAUGGAAGUCAUUAUAUAUGUCAGAUUUCAGUUUACUGAGACAUGAAUCAAUUUUUUUUACUUGCCUUAGUCGGUGUGGCAGAUUUGCAAUGCCAUAACAAUUCAACUUUUGGCGGAAAACACACCUCCCCAUACAUACCACAGUACCACAGUGAUAAAUUCAGUCUUUUGAAAAUGUGUCCACUUACGCAGAGGAAAAUGUAAACCUUCUAUGCAAGUAGCCUCCAACCUGUGAUACUGGGCACAUUAAAAUAUGGUGGUUUGUGUGUCACGAUGCUCUGCGGCCUAGCUGUUUUCAAAGGAUUAUUUAUCAGGGAGUGAAAUCACAGCGAGCUCUAAGUAACCUGGGCUGCUGUCUUCAGACCUGGGCUAUGUCCCAAAUGGCAACCUAUUCCCUAUAUUAUACAAUACUUUGGCCAGAGCCCUAUGGGUCCUGGUCAAAAGUAGUGCACUCAAUAGGGAAUACGGUGCCAUUUGGGAUGCAGACUUGUGCUCUCUCUAUGGUGGAGUGAUCCGUCAUCCACGCUGGCAGCUCAGGCACCCUCUAUUUUUUUAUUUAUUUUUUGUCAUUUUAGCAGACGCUCUUAUCCAGAGCGAUUUACAGUUAGUGAGUGCAUACAUUUUUCAUACUGGCCCCCCAUGGGAAACAAACCCACAACCCUGGCGUUGCAAGCGCCAUGCUCUACCAACUGAGCUACAGGGGACAUGAUUUAUCUUCCUGUGAUGCUGCACUCUUUGAACCUGUAUUGGAACUUUAUUUUCCCCCUAAUCCUCUCCUCCUACUUACACUACCGUGCAGAAGUUUGGGGUCAACAGUGAAGAGGCGACUCCGGGAUGCUGACCUUCUAGGCAGAGUUGCAAAGAAAAAGCCAUAUCUCAGACUGGCCAAUAAAAAUAAAAGAUUAAGAUGGGCAGUCUGAGAUAUGGCUUUUUCUUUGCAACUCUGCCUAGAAGGUCAGCAUCCCGGAGUCGCCUCUUCACUGUUGACGUUGAGACUGGUGUUUUGCAGGUAUUAUUUAAUGAAGCUGCCAGUUGAGGACCUAUGAGGCGCCUGUUUCUCAAACUAGACACUCUAAUGUAUAUCUCCUCUUGCUCAGUUGUGCACCGGGGCCUCCCACUCCUCUUUCCACUCUGAUGUAUGACAUCUUCAGUUUCUUGGCAAUUUCUCGCAUGGAAUAGCCUUCAUUUCUUAGAACAAGAAUAGACUGAUGAGUUUCCGAAGAAAGUUAUUUGUUUUUGCCAUUUUCAGCCUGUAAUCGAACCCACAAUUGCUGAUGCUCCAGAUACUCAACUAGUCUCAAGAAGGCCAGUUUUAUUGCUUCUUUGAAUCAGCACAACAGUUUUCAGCUGUGCUAACAUAAUUGCAAAAGGGUUUUCUAAUGAUCAAUUAGCCUUUUAAAAUGAUAAACUUGGAUUAGCAAACACAACGUGCCAUUGGAACACAGGACUGAUGGUUGCUGAUAAUGGGCCUCUGUACGCCUAUGUAGAUAUUCCAUUAUAAAUUAGCCAUUUCCAGCUACAAUAGCCAUUUAUAACAUUAACAAUGUCUACACUGUAUUUCUGAUCAAUUUGAUGUUAUUUUAAUGGACAAAAAAAUUGCUUUUCUUUCGAAAACAAGGACAUUUCUAAGUGACCCCAAUCUUUUGAACGGUAGUGUACCUUAAAGGAAAACUCCACCCAAUUAGUCCAUGUUUCAUUUGUUUCGUUAGUCCAUUGUUGAUAUAGUCCCAAAAUGUUUUGCAUGCCACCAAUCAAGUUUCCAAGAUAUAGAACUUUCAAAAUACAGAAAUACAGCUGGUAUGAUCCAUUUUGCAUUAUAUGAUGCUGCAUUUUGCAUUAUAUGAUGCAAUAUGCAUCAUACCGGCUGUAUACCAAAAUAUAGUUUUUAGGUGGAAUUUUCCUUUAAGGGAAAAAUCACAAUGUGACCUAAUUCCCUAUCGAGCACUAUUGUAUACUAUUUUGAUUAAAGUACAUUGUACACUGAACUGACGUGCUCUGGUAUCUUCUUCUUCUUAUUAUUAUUAUUUUUAUGUAGAUUAUGAAUUCACCAAUGGCUGUCGCACUCCUCCUUGGAGGCAGGUACAUGGUGAGAUCUGCUACCUGGUGAUAAAGCCGUGUGACACUCAACGCCUGCACAUCACCUGUAGCACAGCUUGAGUCUUUCUCAAUGGGGUAAGAUAGCUAGAGAUAGAUUAGUAUCACUGAAUGUCAGUUUUCAUUAAAUUAAUUUUAGUCAGCCGUGUUCUAUACUCAGCAUUAGAUUUUCUUUCUGGUCUACAGGAUGUGUUUUGUCAUAAAUGCUUUAGGCAUCAAUGGAUGUAAUAAUCUACAUAUUUCAGCACAUAUGUUUAUUUGGCAAUUGUUAUGAACAAGCACGGAAAGCUAUACAAUGUCUCCUUAAUGAUGUCCCAUAAAGUUUCCAAAACAUUAGGUAAGUGUCACUGAAAAGUUUAGUGAUUUAUGUACUGAUGUAACGUUCAUUGUAUGGUCAGAUUCCAAGUUUGCCCUGUGGUGUUAAACGUUUAAAACAACCCCAUUGACCUUAACGUGUGUGCAAUUAAUAAAGAGAACAUUUUACAUGGCUCAGUGUCUUUCACUCCCUCCAUCACUGCCUGCCUGCCCGAGUUAGUACGUUUCCCGUCUCCCUUUCCUCACCUAGAAAUGGUUCAGUUCAGGACACUGAAACCCGUGUUCCAACAUGUUUGACAUUGAUGGUAUAUUAACACAAAUGAAACCUCAAAGAUUACAGAGUUUAACAUAAUGUGUGUAGUGGUUAGAUGCGGUGCACACUGGUUUUGAAUUCCAGCCUGUGAAGCUGCGUUUUGAUACCUUGGCACUCUAACCUCAGUUGUUCUGACAGAUGGUAAUACUGUAAUAUUGAUUUGAUACAUCAAAUGUCAUCUUUGUCUUGACAGGGCAUAAGCCAGAAGAGUGAGGAAAAUGCCUGUGACAGAACAAGCGAUGUUUACAAAGACCUGGUAACACUGCUGAAAAGCAAGUCUCCCCAUUUUGCUGAGAACAUAAAUAAACAGGUAGGUUUUGACAUGGAGGAGCAGCAUCUCAAACAACAGGUUGCUGUUUUCUCUGAGUAAUAUUUGCUCUGUCGGUAACCCUAUGAAGCAGUAUGCAUUUGACUGAUUAUAGAUGAUAUUCUGUUAUACGUAGUAUAGUGAGUUUAAGAUUGUGAAUCAGUGUCUGCACUCGUCCUCACUUGUGAGCUAGUGUCUGGUUGUCACAUUGAAACGAAAACUCUCUGAAGCUGUAGCCUCGCUACCUAACCUUACUUUCCAAAUCACCCCAGUUGAAAAGAAUUUAAAAAAACAAAAGAAACAGUCGUUACUCACACAGACAGAAUCAUGUGUUGCUCUGAAAUGCCAGUGAUUCAUUCAGUAGUGCUGUUUCCUGCUUAAGUGAUUUGAUGAAUUAACAAAUAAUGGCUUCAAGCUUUGGUGGGAAAAAAUGUGUUUAUAGUCUGAAUAUGUGGACAUAUGUUUUGUCUUGAGUGACUCAAUAAUGUAUUGUUGGAAAAUGUUGUAUAAUUUACAGGCAAGCUAGCUAUACAGAUACACUUUGUACACAGUAUUUAUACUCUAGGAAAUGACUCCAAAUGUUUCAUAUAAUUGAUAUAAUUAUAUUGAUAUCUAUAUUUGUUCUAUUUAUUAGUUUCCUUUUGUCUAUUUGGAAAGGCUUAUGGGUAAGCUAGUUACAACAAAUAGUGUACCGAAACUAUUAAUAGUAUUUUUCCACUUUACAUCGUUCAUUUCUGUUAGCAAAGACUAUUAUCAAUGUUGCUCCUGAUGAUUUAUCCUGGGCUGCUUUAUGAUCACGAUAAUUCUGUACUUGAGUUACUGAAACAGAAAUGUGAAAUGUGAUUAUUAAGACUGAUUUCCUUUUACCCCUUUCUGCAAGUCUUUCUCUUUUAAAUAAAUUAAGAGAUGUUAUCACAAUAAUAUAGUUUGCAGGUAUAAAGUGGGGCGAACAAUAAUAUAUUUAGUCUAUUCCACCACAAUUUCAGGAACUGGUAAGUGAGUGCUUGCUUUAUGGAAAAUAGCUCAAGAGAAAGGAAAUGUCUUCUUUGACGUACAAGAGUUGUCUGAAGUACGAUCUUAAUGUAUAAUCCAUGGAUGUUACAGACACAUUUACAUUAUAUUACUGCAGUGGCCUAUAACAACCAUUGUUCUACCCAAUUUUAAAUAAUGACAUUAUUAAUGAAAAAGAGCCACCUCAUCAUUACUUUCAAUUGAAUUGUGCUUGACCAGUCAGUGUGACUUAUUUAUAGCUGGUGAUAGAACUUUUAGUGCCACAGAGACGGGUUGAGUUGAGUGGCGGCUAAGUGAGGGAUGUAUAAACCCCAAUGAGCAGUGCCAGGCUGCUGCGCUCACUGUGUAAAAAGGCCAUCCAGGCUUUAAUGUUUUAUGAGUCCUGUGUAUGUGCUGAGUGUCGGUCGUUCUGAGGAUGAUGGACAGUAGGCCGUAAAACACUACUGUGAAUGAGUUUGCUGAGAUACAAAUCAAGUCACAGGUUUUCUCUGCAUACUUCUUUCUCCUAUGAAGUUACUACAGUAAUGUCCAAAACAUGGCAUGGUGAUGUAAGGGAGUGUUCUGCACUCAAAUCAGGCCAUGUUUUUCUGGCCUUUUUACGCCCCACCAAACUAUUUUCCCUCUGCAUUACUUAAAGUACACCUCUUAUGUGUGAAAGGGUCAGCUUGACUCAGCAGUGACUGCUGAUUUGAUUGCAGAUAAAGGCAUUUUCUAUUGAUUGACAAUAUAAUUGUUAUGGUGCAACAGGCACUCCAGUACAGUACUGUAUAAACCUUUUCAGACAUAGAGUAAUAAAGUAAUUGCACUCACUCUUGAGGAGAAGAUCCCUUCCCAGUGGCCAAUGAAAGGAAUAGGCUCUAGUCCGUGUCAGGUCAGAAACACUAUCUGAAAUAGCUCCGGCUGGGGGACCCGCUCUCUGAUUGCAGCGCUAAGAGGCCAAAGUGGUGGUGUUCCAAGUCAACAUGAAGCAUGGCAGGUUGAUAGCCAAAGAUAACAACACCAAUCUCUGAACAAGAUCUACUCGUUUCCAGCGUCGAGGAAGCAGAUUAUUUUUCACAGUUUUAUUAGAUCAGACAUUCUCAAUCAAAUAAGCAAGAGGCAGCCAGAGGAGAAGAGUGCAGCACCAGGGACACACACCGCAGUCCGAUACUCAACUUCUCAGUGUAGUGUUGGACUGACUCGUUUUUGAAACUACAACAUGAUUAUAAAUUGGACAUGGUGUCGUCUGUGUGUUAUGCAUGCAUGAUCACACGCAAAAAUGCAAACGCACCCUCAGAAUGUUGUUAUUCAAAUCCUGAAAUCAAUCUAGCUCUGCUGUCAUGUUCACUCCACACGGAGCCUCGCACAGCUAUUCCACUGACAGCUACUAUUUAGCUUAUUUUCCAUCACUGUAUGGAGAAAGUAAUUAGAUACAAUGGAUACAAGUCCAAUAAACAUGUGCAAAUAUUUGGAGUCUCGGGUCUCUCAGUGAGGGCUUGGAACAAGGCACAAGUGGAGAAAGAUGAAUAGUGCCAAUGUAAUGAUUUGGAAGUCGCCUGUGGUAAAAAAAAAAAAAAAUGUGUUGCAGGCAGGCGUCAGACCUGCUUAAAGUGUCUGUGCACUUGUUUGCUGGCCCUCUAACUGCUCUGACAGAGCCGUCCCUGUGCUGUGCUAUUUAUGUUUGCUGCUGUAGCGUGCUAUAGAGUUUGGCAUGUUUCCUUCUGUCCAUUUCAGGUAUCAUAAAAAAGAGGAAAGGUUGGACACCUGAAAUGCAGCCAUGGUGGACUGAAUUGGCCUGCAUUGUUCCAACAGCAGGUCACUUAGGGUUUUAUGACAAACAAGCCGGUUUGGAAAGUGACGGAGCGUGCUUGGCAGAAGCGGAUGAACACAGCCAUAGCAUUCCAUGUUAAUUAUCCCCCCCCCUUUUACUUUAAAAAAAUGUCCCCAACAAUUUUGAUUAUUGAGAGCAAUGGCAGUCCGAGGCGAGCUAUUUUCUGCCUAGCAGGUGCCUGUGAUUUUUUAAAAAAACGUUCCCUGCCUGCAAACCAUUCAUAUGUGUCUUGUUGGCAUUCUUAUGUUAGGUUGUAAAGUUGUGUAAAAAGACCUUCAAAAACGUCAAAAUCAUCUCUGAAUAACAGUGACACAAAGGCUCUCCUUUCUCUGAGCCAAGCUGCAAGGUUUUAGCGCGAGGAAUGUAAAGAAACAAUAAACGUUUGAUAUUGUUCAGCCAAUUAAUAGAGGGGAACCUCUUCUGUGUAGUAAAGCACUGGGAAUGUGUUAUUUUAUUCCUGUCGCUCAAUAAUAAAGGCUGAAUUGUUAUUCUGCUGCAGUAGGGAAUGUUGAGAAAGUUGUGUUUUAUUAAGAACCAUAGUUUAUAUAUGGUUCUUCUUGGGCUGAGAAUAAUUGAACUGCACCCUUUCAGACACCAGUGUGUGAUGUGUCUAUCAAAUAACGGAAUAAGGAGGCAACAUGUCAGAUGUAGAAUGGAAAAUAUGCGUUAUAACUUGAAAAAAUCACAAAAGGACCGAAUACUUUGUUAAAAGAACAAUCAUUCAGAGGAAUAACUUUUUUAACGACCCAAGUCCAUAUAAUUUUACGACCCGAAUUUAUUGUAUAUUUCAGUGCUAGCAUUUCGGUGCAAAUUGAGAGGUCAUUUUUCCUCACUUCUUUUUUUCCUCAACAGGAUUUUGCCGUUAAAGAAGAACCUCCAUCAACACAAAAGAUCCAACAUGUGGAAUCGGUUGAUACAGAGGAACAAGGCCAACCCCAGAGGUCUUACGAGCAUCAGGAAAAUAAUGUGCAUGAGAAGGCGAGACAACAGCUUGUGCAGAACAAGCCAGGCGUAAAAAAAACUAUUAGACCCAUCUUUGAAAUGGAAGAACCUCGGUCUUGAAUCUCCAUAUGAGUAUGUGAUAAUUUCACUCCAUAUAUUAGAAGUCUUUGAAAUAUUUGCAACGCUACCAGGUUCAGUAUGUGGCGGGAACUUUCUGUUCCAAUAGAUGAGAUUUUAAGAAGGGAGUGAUGCUGGAGUCGCGCACUCCACUGGCUGCAUGUGUCUUAGUGUGUCUUCUCCACAUGCCAGCAGUCACACAUUAUAAAGAGAUGGUUCAUAUGGCUUAUACAUUUUAGGGCAAGCACAAAAAUUCCUGAUUAUAUGGACGAUCCCAGUUAAUCGAUGUGUUCACUGCUUGGAACCCCUCUGCACAAUUACAGACAGAAAACUUGGCCGUGGGAGUAACAUUCACAAAAAGUAUCUAUCACAUAUGUUAUUUGAUUGAUAAAUAGAUCUAGCAGGGGUUUUAGCUGUAACUUGUGAUAAGUGUCCCAAUUUUGAGAGGCAACUGGCUCCAGAUAAAAGCUGUAAAACGGCAACAAAAAAAGCCUCAAAUCCCUGCAUCCCUCUUCUCUCCCUCAAUGCAUAAAUGAUGAUGAUAUGUUACGAUAAAUAACUAUUUCCAAAAUAGAAAAACGGAUAAUGAUGUCGCCCUCUUAUUUUAUUUCAUUUUUCUAGGGAAGCAAAUGAGAAGAAAUCCAAAAGAAGUGCAGCAAAUGAGAAGUUUGCCGAGACGGAGGAGAAGAUGCAGAAGAAGGCAGAUUUCUCUGUGUCCUCCUCACCUGGUCGGCAGUACUCUCAUAAAACGUAAGUCACCUGGUGGGGUUUUCUCCUCACACUUCAUGAAUGAGGAACCAUUCGAGUUCUACAGAAGAGCAAGCAGCUUACAGGAAGGAGAUUGCUGAAGUCACAGAAAAAGAUUGGCACAACUCUUUGACCCGUGGUUAUAGUUUCUGUGGAAACUGAUGUGUUUUUAUAUAAGCCAAUGUAUGGGUCUAAUGUACACUUUCCCUGCCUUUCCUAUGGCGCCUGGCAGCAAGGUUUCUAGCUGUCCCCAUAAUUGUGACUGCCAGUGUAUACAGGUCCGCUAGUAAAGUUACUGGGUCGACUCUAGCCACUGUUCUGCUGAUAGCUUCUCCCCGCCUUGCACCAGUGAAAUUUGGUACAUGUACAGAAGGGGACCAUUGGGAGCAUACUAAUGUUACUCCAGGCCAGUAGUCAUAGGAGACACAUCGGAACAGCGCGUCACUGCUUAAUUAAGGCUUGGUUCAGUGUUUAUCAUGGCCCGUCUGCGUUGCCUGGGAAACGAUCAUAUCGGCUGAUUUCCUCUGAUAAUGGCCUCCGCUGGAAAUGCUAUCUGUGUACAUAGGAACCGUCUCCCCGCGGCCCCAUUUGAACAUAUACCAAAUUGCAUUGCUCCGCGCUGCGCAGUUUUUAUUUUUGAGUUAUUUGAGUGGCGCAACUGACUUUAAAAGCCAUCUGCAUUUCUGUUUGCGUGUAUGGAAUGAAGACUACGGUAGAGAAAGAGAGACCUGCUCUGUGUAGUAUGAUGACGAUGCCAGUUUCCCCAUUACUUUAGUCCCUCUCUAUGCCUGGCUGCUGCUGCUUAGAUUUUGAGAAAGUUCAAACCUGACAAUUCCGGUUAACUUUAGAUUGUUAAUGGUGCUUGUUGUAUAGAAUAAUCUCGCAGUUAUUUUAAAUGACAAAAGGAAAACCUCAUAUUUUGUUAUGUGUAUCAUAUACUGAUAUAAUAUUUAAAGUUUAAACCCAUCCUGUGUAUGGAUAUGUACUUGUGUAGUUGUUACACAAAACUUGCUGUUGAUUCUUAUCUCCUGCAGUGUCUGUGUUCUUCAGUAAGACCCCAGGAGGAGGCGCCGAUGACUUCAGCGAGAGUUCAUCUGAGAGUGAGGAGGAUGAGGAGCAGCCAGAGCGCCGUCCGGAGAGCAACACAGACCUGCCCUCUGAGUACUGGCAGAUUCAGAAACUGGUCAAGUACCUCAAGGUACAGUACAGUAAAGCCUGUAGAAGCCCAGCCCUCUGCUUUGGGAAUUUCACUGAAAAUAAGUUGUUCUGUUCUGUUGAAAACAUACUAUUCUAGCAGGCCAGGCAGUUCACAAUGGACAGGAAACAGUAAAAUCCAGGUCAUUUUCCUGUGAUCCAUAUAGUAAUUUUGAUGCAGACUUGAGUCAAUAUUCAAACUUCUUGAAAUGGUCAAAAAAAAGUAAUGCCUUUAAGGUAUGGCUCUGUAUCUGUAGAAUUGUGAUAGUCACAAUAGUCCUAAUGUCACCUGAGAGGGAACAAUAUGUAAUCUCCUUAACAUAAUUCCACCUGCCUGUUUGCGUACAUUUUAUGACAUCAAGUUGUCGAUCAAUAUAACAAACUGACGUUAGAUAAAAAAGUAUAUAUAAUGUGCUCCUGUUUUAAAGCGUCUGCUUUGUAGUAGGAUGUUUAUAGAAGUGGUUGGCCUGGGUUUGUGGAUUCCUGGUUUCUGACACACACUAGGCCUGUUUGGGUGCACGUGUGAGCCAACCCAUAUGAGAGAAGAGAGCAGAGCUGUCUAAAAACAGCAGCUGGGCACACUGUUUACACACACCACAGAGCAUAAAUGAAACGCUGCUCUGAAAGGUCUGACAGUGCAUAUAGUGAAUAUUAAUGUGUCAAAACACAAAAGGAAAAGAGAGAGAGGACCAAAGCGCCAGUGACCCAGACUGACUGGGAAUACCUCCUUCCACAGCCUGAUUUGAGAGGAAUUCUCCCCUCUCUCUCUUGCUCUGUGGUUACCGGUCAGUUUAUUUGGACUUGUGCAUAGAUACCGUUUAGGGCCAUGACAUGGUGUAACUGCAAUCAUAUGAUAUUAUGGUUAGUCAUAUAUUGCAAAUCUGGCCCAUAUACCUUAAUGAUAAUCAUAACCUAAUCUCUCCACUUUGAGUCUCGAUAUACAGUAUAGUAAUUUACAAAAUUAACUGACAUUCAAAUGUGUGUAUUGUUUUGGUACUAAUUAAAUCGAUUUACGGUAUAGUAAUGAAAUAUGAAUUACAUUAUUUCGUAUCUCUAUGAUCUAUGACUAUUAAAUAUUAGCAGAAGCUUUGUAAGCUGAGAUACAGUAUUUGGCUCUGUCCAUGUUUUUACAUACUGUACUGCAAUUGGGCCCCCCAAAUACGAUCAUUCAUAGGGCAACUGGUGGUAAAUCUUUUAAAGAAAACAUUCAAGCAAAGUUCAGUUCCAGGUAGAUAUUUUUAGCUUAACAAAACAUGAGAUAAUGAAUGAAAAUUCCUUCUUAGGAAAGAGCAGUUACUCUCCUUUCCAAAACAGAUUUAAAAUGUAAAUUAUAUAUAAAAAGAAGCUGGGCCAAUGUCUGAUAAGGGAACUUUCAAAUUUCGUUAUGUUUGUAUAUGUUAAACUUUUCAGUGGGGAUUGGAGUGAAUUCGUAGUGAGAGUUUGUGCUUUCAACAAGAUGCAUUUGUAAACCUGUACUUCCUAGGCAGCAUUCUAUCUGUCUGGAAACCACACAGUGGAGUUAUUUAUGGGGUUUGUCCAGUAGUCAUUUUAUAAUAUCAUUACCAUCAGAAGCUAAAACUAACCCUGAGCCAAGUUAAAUAUCUGUUUUAUUUUAGAAGUAAGAAAAGUUUUUUUCUACUUCUUCUCAGCCGUAUAGACAAACAUUUGUACUUGAGGAAGAUUGAGACUUUCAUAAAGCUACACAUGAAUGAUCUGUGUUGUGUUUAAUGGGUUAUUUAUCUAAGGAUAUUUACCCAGGGUGCUAAUAUGUGUGCCUACACUGCAUGUGUUUAAAUAAGUAUGUCUUAAAGGGGCAAUCUGCAAUAACAAAGUAUACAUCCCACCACUAUUGAGAGAUGGGGCUGAAAAAAUGUAAGCACUCUCAAAUUAAUUGACAGAGCUAUAGAUGCAGGACUGACCAUCUAUGAUAGUUUUAACCAUGUUUUGAGGCUAUACAGUGAUAGUUUACAAUUACAUUGUUUACAAACAAAGAAGUAAAACAAGCUUAUAUUUUGGGUUCUGAUGGGGUUAGACAGUUGAACUAAGCUCAUGGGGCAUUUAUAAAGUAUACUUGUUAAGAAUCAAUGGCUAUAUAUCAUGAAUGUAAAAGUCCUAAAAUGUAUUUAGCAAUCGCAGAUUGCCCCUUUAACAUACUAAUAUGUGUGCCUGUGAAUACACAUACAAUAUGCCAUCUAAUGAGUUAUGAUUUUGCUUGCUGAAAUGAUGUUAUAAUGAUGUUAACAUGUUGCUUGCCGCAAUGACUUAAACACUUUAGAUGAGGCUUGUGUGUAUGUAAACAGUUGUUUUUGUGGCAAGAAACAAGGCAUGCCGGCAAUACAGUAUAUUUAGAAACAAGCCUAUACGGUCGGUAUUCUCUCUUUGUGCAGAUUGAAGAACACACAGUAUAGUUUACAUAUACAGUGAGGGAAAAAAGUAUUUGAUCCCCUGCUGAUUUUGUACGUUUGCCCACUGACAAAGAAAUGAUCAGUCUAUAAUUUUAAUGGUAGGUUUAUUUGAACAGUGAGAGACAGAAUAACAACAACAAAAUCCAGAAAAACGCAGGUCAAAAAUGUUUUAAAUUGAUUUGCAUUUUAAUGAGGGAAAUAAGUAUUUGACCCCCUCUCAAUCAGAAAGAUUUCUGGCUCCCAGGUGUCUUUUAUACAGGUAACGAGCUGAGAUUAGUAGCACACUCUUAAAGGGAGUGCUCCUAAUCUCAGCUUGUUACCUGUAUAAAAGACACCUGUCCACAGAAGCAAUCAAUCAAUCAGAUUCCAAACUCUCCACCAUGGCCAAGACCAAAGAGCUCUCCAAGGAUGUCAGGGACAAGAUUGUAGACCUACACAAGGCUGGAAUGGGCUACAAGACCAUCGCCAAGCAGCUUGGUGAGAAGGUGACAACAGUUGGUGCGAUUAUUCGCAAAUGGAAGAAACACAAAAUAACUGUCAAUCUCCGUCGGCCUGGGGCUCCAUGCAAGAUCUCAUCUCGUGGAGUUGCAAUGAUUAUGAGAACGGUGAGGAAUCAGCCCAGAACUACACGGGAGGAUCUUGUCAAUGAUCUCAAGGCAGCUGGGACCAUAGUCACCAAGAAAACAAUUGGUAACACACUACGCCGUGAAGGACUGAAAUCCUGCAGCGCCCGCAAGGUCCCCCUGCUCAAUAAAGCACAUAUACAGGCCCGUCUGAAGUUUGCCAAUGAACAUCUGAAUGAUUCAGAGGAGAACUGGGUGAAAGUGUUGUGGUCAGAUGUGACCAAAAUCGAGCUAUUUGGCAUCAACUCAACUCGCCGUGUUUGGAGGAGGAGGAAUGCUGCCUAUGACCCCAAGAACACCAUCCCCACCGUCAGACAUGGAGGUGGAAACAUUAUGCUUUGGGGGUGUUUUUCUACUAAGGGGACAGGACAACUUCACUGCAUCAAAGGGACGAUGGACGGGGCCAUGUACCAUCAAAUCUUGGGUGAGAACCUCCUUCCGUCAGCCAGGGCAUUGAAAAUGGGUCGUGGAUGGGUUUUCCAGCAUGACAAUGACCCAAAACACACGGCCAAGGCAACAAAGGAGUGGCUCAAGAAGAAGCACAUUAAGGUCCUGGAGUGGCCUAGCCAGUCUCCAGACCUUAAUCCCAUAGAAAAUCUGUGGAGGGAGCUGAAGGUUCGAGUUGCCAAACGUCAGACUCGAAACCUUAAUGACUUGGAGAAUAUCUGCAAAGAGGAGUGGAACAAAAUCCCUCCUGAGAUGUGUGCAAACCUGGUGACCAACUACAAGAAACGUCUGACCUCUGUGAUUACCAACAAGGGUUUUGCCACCAAGUACUAAGUCAUGUUUUGCAGAGGGGUCAAAUACGUAUUUCCCUCAUUAAAAUGCAAAUCAAUUCAUACAAUUUUUGACAUGCGUUUAUCUGGAUUUUUUUGUUGUUAUUCUGUCUCUCACUGUUCAAAUAAACCUACCAUUAAAAUUAUAGACUGAUCAUGUCUUUGUCAGUGGGCAAACGUACAAAAUCAGCUGGGGAUCAAAUACUUUUUUCCCUCACUGUAUGCUACAUACCACGUAAUUGCCAUCAAUAUGCACUGUAGGUAACCACAGGGUAUUUGUUUUACAAGCUGAAGCCACUGCUUCAUUAUCUAGAAUUAGAUAUAUAUGGCAACUUAACAGUGAUACAUUCAGUAUGCUUUCAGCGUAGCUGCUACCAAUUACCCUACUUUGUGCUCUGCUGUUUUUGAUAAAGUGUUGCUGGUGAUUGUAAGUGGCUUAUGUGAAAAAACGAUGUAUAUUUAGGUGCCAACAUUGUUAACAACUUUAUUACUUACCAAACCACACUCAAAGGUUGUGUACUGUGUAAGUGUUUACCUAGAAUGUGGUCAUUUUUAUUGCAUAGGUGGCUUCAUAAUUUAACUAUCACAUAAUAACACAUUAGAUUAUCCCUUAUUUCUGCCUAAUAGAUUUGUAUAUUUAAGCAUGAGGAUAUGUCCUUAGUUUAUAGAAGCAUAUAUUAAUGAGAUUAUAUUUUGUUUUAUGUCCUGAGGUAAAGUAACUGAUAGUCCCUUUCAAUGUAAAGUGACUGAUAGAUGUGGUAUACAUACAGUCAAUCAUUUUUUAUAAUAAAACAAUAUAAUUGUUAUGUGUUAAUUAAUUUCCAAGUAAAAUGUAAGAUGUUGCAUAGAGCAAGGUAAUAUAAGUAGGUGUCAUGAUUGCCACACCCGGGUAAUGAGAGGGGUCCCACGUCCAUCCAUGAUGACACUUUGUUUAACCCUUGUUGACGUUGUCCACCCUCAGCUGGUCAGUAGUGGAAAUACAGGCCCCAUGUUCUCUCAGGAGAACACUUUUCCUAAUUACCUCAUGUUCUCCUGCCGUGUGAAAGAGCCAGGGUCAGUCACUACCCUCACAUUAACUUAAUAGAGUGAAACAUUAUUUCCAAUGAAUUAGGUGUUUCACAGCUUUGAACUGACUAUUCAGCUCUGUUAACAUGUUAUAAAGACCUUUUUCAGAAAUAGAUUCUUAAGUACCAGAAAAAAUCUAACUGUUGAUUGGAAGCCUUAGACUAAAAGGCUAAAUAUAAAUACAACACACAUCAGUUUGAACAAUUAUUUUGGAAACUCAGAGAAAUUAAAUAGCCUACUCAUACUCAUCCACCAGACAAAGUAAUGUUCACUAUGAAUACUGUAACUUAUGUCUAGAGAAUGUUUUACAGAACGUCUGUACAUAUUUCCAUACUUUUUAAAUUAAGCAACUUUUUAGUGACACAAAAUACCACAAAACAUUUGGACGCCUGACACAAACUGUAUUAUUUCACUAGCCGCUACAAGACAGCAGGGCCAGUCAUAUGCUCAACAUUUUAUUUUAUAGAAGAUCCUAUGUCCAAUAUGAAGUAAGAGAGAACCACCAAUCAUUCUUUCCCUAUUCGUUACCCAUAAUGUACUUGGCAGUAGGCUCAGUCUUUUUUUCUUUUCUUCAUCUGUACCCUACAUGGCUAGUCUGCUCCAGAAACGGCAGAAGAGAAAAACCACAUGCACCCUCCAGGAUGCGGCCCCUGCCAAGCUGGUUGCUUCUUUCUUACACCGACUGAGGUCGAUGAACACAGACAGGAGAAACACAGACAGUGGCUUCAUUCCACCUGUCAUAGAUCCAGCUCUGUGGGGGCAUGCACACAUACACACACACACACACACACACACACACACACACACACACACACACACACACACACACACACACACACACACACACACACACACACACACACACACACACAUGCCCAGGUUAUUACCUUGCUGUUUGGAAGAGUUGUAUCAAGCAGUGAAAGUUUCAGCCAGAUUUCAGUUUUUUUGGUGGUGAACAAUUACACAGGGAGACAAACGUUUUUUAAAUAUUUUUUUUAAUGGGUGAUAUCAGGUUAACCCCUUUAAUGAAAUGUGAUCCCUUAUAGUGUUUUAUUGCGUAAAUCAGUUGUUGAUUCCAUAAUCUUAUUGGAUAGGUAGAUACAUCUUUUAUACAAUGGUCUUUUUAAUUUAGCUGAGUUGCUGAUUAAUGAUGAUCAUCCGCCCUGCGUGUCUGGUGUGAAUUCCAGAGCGACAUUAACACGUAAAUUCCCUUUAUGUGAUGUCUGCUUCCCAGGGCACUUCUUAGUGCUUAGUGUGCCCUUGAGGAAGCCUAAUUUACUCCAGGGGCGGGGUACUGCUAUGGCUGACCCUGUAAAACAACACAUUUCACAGCACCUAUCCGGUGUAUGUGACAAUAAAACAUAUACAUAUAUAUAUAUUUGUGCUUAGUGCCUGUUGCACUUGCUCUGUUUGUAAUGUAGGUGUCUGGAUUAAAGGACCAUAAUAAAUGCUUGUUUUAUAUAUUGGUAAUACAUUUAUCAGAUCAUGAGAGUUUAUGAAUCUCCUUCAUUCUUUCCCUACUUUGUAAUGUGCGAUAUUUAAAUAUAUUUUUCCUCUGGAUGUAAUUUAUGAGGACAUUUAGAAAUUGCUAUUGUUAUUGCAAAAUGUCUUGAGCAGUGGGUCCCUCCCCCCGGGUCAUAAGAAAGAGGUGUUCACCUCGGUUUAACUACUCAAAACAAAACACAUAGCAGCCUAACCCCUGCAGUCUUCUCUGUAUCCCCCUAAGUGUAAAUCUAUGCAGUAUUGUUGUCUGUGGCGAAUCACAAAUGCCCCAAAGUCACAUAAAUACUGUAGAAAAAUGUUGUCUCAUCAUGUUAUGUAAACCCCAGUCAUUAGUUGUGUUUACAGUUUUUUUCAUGUGUCUUUCAUAAGCUGUAGUCUUUAGAUGUAGACAGAGGUUGCUUCCCAAAUCCCCAAAUAGGGCUCUGGCCAAAAGUAGUGUCCUAUAUAGGGAAUAGGGUGCGAUUUGGGAUGCACUCAGACAGAUAGUGUUUGAGUUGUAGGCUGCCCCCUCUGGCUGCGCAUCUGCCCCUAUCAUGCUAUCUGGAGGAGAGUCCAUCAUAAAAGAUUGUCAGAUGUUGUCAAUGUUUUAAAGAAUGUCUACAAUACUUCUAGACCAAAGCUAACAAAAAUGGAAGCAUAUGAUCUUUUCUCUCUGGUAUCAGUUAUAAACAUAGCGUUUUGUUUUUAAAAGGUAUGAUCCUAGCCCCACUGAAUCCUUUGAAGAGGAAGAAGUGGUGGUGGAGAGAAAAAAGAAGCAGUAGAUCCACUGCUGUUACUAGAUGAAUGGUUCACAUUUAGGCCAACGUCAUAAUAUGGGGAACACAUGUGCCCGUUAUCCCACUCCCAAAAGUGUGUCAGGCUACCUCUUUUUGGGGGGUGAACGAUUUGAUCAAACAACUGCUUCAUAUCACGGUACACCCUGAUACAGUACAUUCUGAUAUAACUGUACCCCCAAAACAUGAACUGCGUAGACCAUACUGUGUUAUUUAUAGUUAAACAUGUUCUAUAUUUUCACUUUAAAGAACUCUCUCUCACAUUGAUACGUUCAUUACAUAAGAGGUUCGAGUCUCCUCUGCGUGGGUAGAGUAAUCUGUUUGGGAUGGUCCUGAGGCUGAGAUGUUUAUGAAGUGUGCAACUAAUAAAAGCAACUAGAUUUUUUUCCAGGUCUAUCUGGGGUUCAUUUAAAAACAGAACUGAAAGAAAAAAAGCAGAAAAAAAUGAGAAAUAAUUAAACAAUAACAUUUUGAUUGUUCACUUGCCAGGAGAUUUUGACUUCAGGAUGCCGUGUCACAUUUCAAAGUCAUGUAACACAUCUAGUAUUACACCAGCUUACUUCUGUAUUUUCUACCUAAUGUGUGGAACUUCUGUUUCCAUCUGCCAUCAGAUGGUUUUAUUCCAUCAUGGUCUGAACCAUUUGACAUUAACAAAAGAUACACUGCAACUUCAAGUACCUCGGUUUCCAAAUCACUAAGAACUUAAAAUGGUCCACACACGUGCCCACAGUCGCGAAGAAGGCGUGACAGCGCCUCUUCCCCCUCAGGAGGUUGAAAAAGUUUGGCAUGGGCCCUCAAAAAGUUAUACAGCUGCACCAUUGAGAGCAUCUUAACUGGCUGCAUCACUGCGUGGUAUGGCAACAGCACUGCCCUCGAUCGCAUGGCGCUACAGAGGGUGGAGCGGACAGCCCAGUACAUCACUGGGGCUAUGUUCCCUGCCAUCCAGGACCUCUAUACCAGGUGGUGUGAAAGGAAGGCCUGGAAAAUCGUCAAAGACUCCAGCCACCCAAGCCAUGGGCUGUUCUCUCUGCUGCCGCAUGGGAAGCAGUACCGGUGCAUCAAGUCUGACACCAACAGCUCCUUAACAACUUCUAUCCCCAAGCUAUAAGACUACUAAAUAGCUAACAAAAUGGAUACACAGACUGAGUUGACUCUUCAUUUUUAUUUUUGCACUGUCUCUAUGUACACUCUAAGGACUCUACAAAUUGACGCACACGGACACUGCAACACACACGCAUAACAUGCACACAUUUAUACUGACUCUAGUCAUUCUACACACACUCACAUUCAACCAUCAUUUACGCUGCUGCUACUCUGUUUAUCAUACACCCUGUUGCCUAGUCACCUUGUCCCCCCCUACAAAUAUUGGAAAUAUUGGAAAUUACCCUGUAUAUAACUUCUUCUUUUCUUGUGUUCUUCUUAUUUCUUAUUUUUAUUUAUCGUGUGUUUAUUGAUUGAUUAUUGCAUUGUUGGGUUUAGGGCUUGCAAGAAAACAAAUCACUGUACUUGUGCACGUGACAUUAAAACUCAAUACACUGCAACAAAAAAAACACAAUACAGACUAAAAAGUAUCUGAGAAUGGCAAUUGUUGCUCAUCAGAUAGGUCAGAGAAUGGCCCCAAGUCACCUGUUUUACAUUUGACAUUGUUUUGUAUGUUGCACUUAAGAAGCAAUAAACCUAAAUCUGCUCAAUAUCCUGUUCCCAUAUAUUGAGGCACUUGUAGUGAAAUCAAAGAACAGAUUUUCUACUCCCAAACCACUUGUUUGCUUAGUAGUAGUUACUAAGUAGCUAAUUGGGUAGAAACAAGCCUUGAGUUAUUGUGUGUGUGUAUAGCAACUGUCAAAACAGAGUCUUUUGAAGUGCUUACUCAUUAUUAUGUUCAUCAUUUCAAUGCUCAUUUUUCUCUUUAAUCUCUAACUUAAGUCAUUGUCUAUGGUUUUCUGGCUGCAGGCAGCUUAGUAGUCAGAGUGCCAUUCUGUAUCCAAUAGUUUCUCUCUACCAGUGUUUACCGUCACAAAGCUAAACACUUACCAAACUGUGGUAAACAAAAUAACCACAACAGGCAUGAUACAAUUUGAUUUUAUUUGAUUUUAUUAAAGCCAAGGAGAGAGAGAAAAAAAAGACGGGGAGAAAAGUACAGCAGGAGGGGAGACGCUGUGUUUUCCCUUUUCUAAAUGUCUCUUUAAUUCUCUUUUCUCUGUCUGCGGUUUCAUUCAUUCAUUCAUUGGUGCCUUGUUUUCAUUAUUAUUUCAGGGAGGCAACCAGACGGCCACUGUGAUUGCUCUGUGCUCCAUUAGGGACUUUAAUUUAGCCCAGGAGACGUGCCAACUGGCCAUCCGGGAUGUAGGUGGCCUUGAAGUCCUCAUUAACUUGCUGGAUACAUAAGAAAUCAAAUUCAAAGUGAGUAGCCCUCCCAGUCUCAGUCCCUGCUCCCUGCCAAUCGGACCUGGUUGCCCGCGGGGGGAACAGAGCUGUGCUGUGUGUGGCAGCCUAGUGUUUCAGAUACAAAGAGUAUACUGACUGUAGGCCUGGGAAGGCAGGCCCGCUGCCUUUAAGGACACAGUGUAUCAAUUAGACUCCAAUAGACCUAAUGAGAUGUGUGGGUGCUUUUUAUACCGCAUGCCUUUAUGUUGAAACUCUUUAGUAACUGCUGUCUAUUUUUACAGGGGCACGUUUUGGGGGUUUACAUAAUGCUCUUUAUUUGUGCUCCAGUUGACAGAUGUGUACCUCAUGUUGUUGGCAUUGGCUUCACAGUUUUUCUUAAUAUAGGCCCCAAAAAUGUUUUCUUGAUUUAAGGAGAUAUACUUUGUUGACUUAUCAUCUGUGUGUUUGAUUUAGAUUGGCUCUCUGAAGAUUCUGAAGGAGAUCCGUUGUAACAGUCAGAUCCGCCGGGCUAUUGCUGACUUAGGGGGUCUGCAGAUCAUGGUGAAGAUCUUGGACUCCCCAGACAAGGAUCUGAAAUAUCUGGCCACAGAGACCAUCGCCAACGUGGCCAAGUUCCGAUGGGCCAGGAGGACAGUCAGACAGCACGGAGGAAUCAAGAGACUGGUGAGUAUGGUUGGAAGAUACAUACUGUACUAUACUGUAGCACAGUAAAGCAUAGCCUUGCAAAAGGGAACAUAAUAAUAAUGUCAUUUAGACAGACGCUUUUAUCCAAAGAGACUUACACAACUGUCGGCAUUGACAGUGACACAUAAAUAUAUGUGUAUGUGUGACCGGUGCGGGAAUUGAACCCACAGCUCUGCUGCUGUUGCCAGUAGCAUGCUCUAACUAACCCAUUACAGAGCCAAUUUGGAAUCACAUACUGUACUGUAGCACAGCAAAGCACAAACUUGCACAACAUAGGCCGACCCGGCACAGCACUACACAGAAUAACUCCCCCACUACACACCAACACACAGCACAGCCCAACCCAACUCGGCUCUGUUUCAAAACACAGCACAGCAACACACACCUCCUCACAGUACUGGCUCUUCUAGCUACCUUGAGUUUCCAUACACUAAGUUCUCUGAUAGUCCUCACCCCCCAUUCCCCCUUUCCUUGGUCUCAUGUGACAAACAUCAAAGUCAGUCAGGGGGAAACAGAUAGAAUGUCCUUUGACAUCCUCGGACCUGAGUUUAUGUUUAUUGACAGAGCGGCAUGUGAUUAAAGCCUGUGGGCCUUGUAUAUUUAUUGUGAAGUACCAAAUCGGAUGUGCUCAUUGCAGUCAUUGCAGAGGAGUGAUUAAUUUCACGCUAAACUACAGACUGAGACCACCUUUGAACUGCAUAACAUGUGUAAUAGCUUUGCCUGCUCUGUGUCAGUGGCCGUACAGGAACUAUGGAUUAACACAGCCCUGACACACAGACUGACGGUCAUAAAGGGUACCUCUGGGAUUUCAACAUCGUAACAUCAACACGCAGACCUGCUGUUUUUCCACAUUCUGAAUCUCUUUUUUAAAUUAUAUCAGACCCCACGGUAAUAUAAUUUAAUUAUGCACCUAAUCAUGGCCAACAACUUUGCUAUUCUCGUUUAAUACAUUGCGCAAAUGGAAACCACAGCUAUCAUUACAGCAUCUCCUGUGGAUUUCACAUUCACUGAACAAAUCCGACAUUACUUUUCUAAUGUCUGAUAUAAAUUGUAUUUGAUACACACUGGAUCAUCGAGUGUGAUUUGAUUUGUGUGUUGUGCUCUGCGUGUGUGCAUGUUCUGUGUGUGUGUGUGUAUGUGUGUGUGUCUAUGUAUGUGUGUGUGUGUCUGUGUGGGUAUGUGUGUGUGUAUGUGUGUGUGUGUAUGUGUGCAUGUCUGUCUCUGUGUAUGUGUUCCCAGGUGGAUUUACUAGACUGCAUGCCUGACUCGGCGGCCCUGACAGAGGAGCAGGAGAAAGACGUGGAGGUGGCUCGCUGCGGGGCCCUGGCCCUCUGGAGCUGCAGUAAGAGAACCAGGAACAAGGAGGCAAUCAAUCCGCAAGGCCGGGGGAAUCCCUCUUCUGGCCCGCCUGAUCAAGUCUCCCCAUGAGAACAUGCUAAUACCUGUGGUGGGAACCCUGCAAGAGUGUGCCUCAGAGGUGAGGGGCUCACUGUGAGGCUCUGGUCAAAGGAAGUACACUACAUAGGGAAUAGGGUGCCAUUUCGGGCGCAUGCAUGGUGUGGGAAGCAUGUUCAGCAGAUUAAGGUAUGGAGUGCCACCCUGAAGAGGACCACUGUGUGAUUCAUCAUUGGAACUCAAAACACUGUCUCUGAUUGCCUAUGUGUUUUCCCUACACUUUAAUUUACAGAGAAGUUACAGAAUUGCCAUCCAGACUGAGGGCAUGAUCGAGGACUUGGUGAAAAACCUCAACUGUGACAACCACGAGCUACAGAUGCACUGUGCCAUUGCCAUCUUCAAGGUGAUCCUGUGCCUCAUCCCCCCCCAGUUAAAUUCCUGUCUUAGGUCCAUACCUAUUCUCAUUUAAAAGGAACCCAUUAACAAGCAAAAAUGUACAUUGAUGCUGGGAAUGUGAACAAUGCAUAAGCAUUAGGGCAAAGAACUUCCAAAAAUAUGUCUAUCAUAGUUUUUAGAUGUGUACUAAUAGCCCCAAAGCUAUAUCUCUUGCCUGUCUUUCCCUGUCUAUGUCAGUGUGCGGAAGACAAGCGUACCCGUGACCUGGUACGUCAGUACGAGGGCCUGCAGCCCCUGGUGACUCUGCUGAGCCAGGCAGACAACAAGCAGCUCCUGGCCGCCACCACCGGGGCCAUCUGGAAGUGCUCCAUCAGCAUGGAGAACGUGGCUAAGUAACGUUACGCGCCCUUUUCCUCCCUCCCAUUAUUAUUACCCCUCAUUAUCACUACAGCCCCACUCAGACUGGAGCCUAACCAGAACCAGAGUUAAACUGUGUGUUUGCAGGUUGUGAUCCCAUAUAUUAUAUAUUAUUUACUGUAGUGGGGACUAGCCCUGACUUUGACAAAUCACCCAUGCAGAAGUACAUAGAUAUUUGACUGAUGUCCAUUUAGCAUUUAUUGAAUGGGUAGCCAUAGGUGCUUGUUAUACUUAGAAAAUAUAAUUGCUAGUUUAGUGAGCAAGAGUCUUUCGUGUUUUAGAGAGCUAAGUUGAUAGUAUGGGCAGAUGGGUCUACAUUACGUUCCAAUGGAAAGCAUAGUGAUAGCAGUUGGGAUGAGGGUCGAAGGACUGCAAUCACAUGUGGUGUUUUUACAAGACCUCUCAUUUGUUCAUAUGGGAGUCUCAAAUGUUUAACUCCCAAGUGUAGUCACAUCUCGUCCUUUACGUUGUGUCUGGUCGAAGUGAUUAUUUGGACAAAAUGUAGAGUUCUGCCACGGAUUCUAUUAUCUCUGAUCUUUUACGUGACUGUUUGCAGGAGGAAUGUGCUAUUUUCCACUGUUAACAAAAGAUGAAGAAAAGUGUUGAUUUUAUAGACACCCAAUAAUGUGUUAGUCUAAAGCAGCUCUCCUCCCAUUAGUAUUGAACAUGGGCAAGCAGACAGAGAGAAAGCUGCCUAAAAUAAUUACUACUUCAUAAUGUCAGAAAUGUAAGCUGACAGACUCUUAAAUCAUUUGUCAUGUUACGGCAUGCCCACGUUUACUUAAUUGUCAUUUAGUUCCCUUCAACAGUGACACUUUCUGGAAUCUUUCCUGGCUGGCUUUAUUUUGCGUCGGAUGAUUUUUAUGUCAGUAAUUUCCCCUAAAAAUAAAUAAUGCCUAGAAAUCGUGCCCUGACAGCUGUUGACGGUUGCUAAAAGGUACUCCCAUGAAAAAAUGAUUUAGCUGUAUUUAUUUUCUUACUCUGGGCUGCUCUGGGGACAUACAAUACAAGCCAUAUGCAUUCAUUUAUACCACGGUAACCUCUUAAUAAAUUCAAGGCUUAUUUUCAGAAACGAUGCCAACAAACUGAUAAGGCUGUGUCUUUUUAUAUAUUUUUACAAUGAGUGUUUAAAAAACAAUUAAAUAUGGUUUUAUAUGAUGAAUUAAGAUAUGUGGAAAUGUCUAGCCUUUGACUCAAAAACCCUGUAGGAUUUAAAAUUGCAGAGGGCCCAGUAGUCACACCGGUCUCUCUCCAACUCAUAUUUCAUAACUGAUAGAAUGAUAUCCUACAUUUAGAGUCUAAGUUAAGUCUUCCCAACUGGAAGCAAGUGCCUGUUGCCACAUGAAAUUAAACAAAGAUCCCAUUACAGAAGUAUGCCAAUAACCCUCUCUUUAAAACAGGUGGAUAUACACUGAGUGUACAAAACAUUAGGAACAGCUUCCUAAUAUUGAGUUGCACCCCCUUUUGCCAUCAGAACAGCCUCAAUUCGUCGGGCAUGGACUCUACAAGCUGUCGAAAGCGCUCACAGGGAUGCUGGCCCAUGCGUCACACAGUUGUGUCAAAUUGGCUGGAUGUAUUUUGGGUGGUGGACCAUUCUUGAUACACACGGGAAACUGUUGAUCAUGAAAAACCUAAUAGCAUUGCAGUUCUUGACACACUCAAACUGGUGCGCCUGGCACAUACUACCAUACCCUGUUCAAAGGCACUUAAAAAUGUUGUCUUGCCCGUUCACCCUCUGAAUGGCACACAUACACAAUCCAUGUCUCAAGGCUUAAAAAUCCUUCAUUAAACUGUCUCCUCCCCUUCAUCUACACUGAUUGAAGUGUAUUUAACAGGUGACAUCAAUAAGGGAUCAUAGCUUUCACCUGGAUUCACCUAGUCAGUCUAUGUCAUGGAAAGAGCAUGUGUAGAUUACUGUCUCUGGUGCCAAGUUCAUAAUGGACAACCAGACCAGUGGUUGUUGUCAUAAACAAAAGUGCAUGUUCUGUUUGCAUAGAAAGAGAAGUGUUGGCUGACAACAUAUUUAGCUGUAAAGACUAAAGAAUUUAUACAGUACGGGUUUUCAGGGAACAAAGUGAACCUUUCAGACUGCCUGUCAGUCCUCUGGCUACUAAACAAGCCUUCAUAUUCAGUCCAGUUCUGCUGUAUAAAAAAUGGCAGAGAUUGGGAGCCCUUCAGAGUGCAGCCUGGCAAGGCGAUAAAACAAGUUAACUGCACUGGCAAUGAGUAAUGUGGCACCUCCGUGCACUUGCUCCCAUUACAGGCCGCUUGCCGCAGCGUAAUUACUCAUAACACUGUUGCUAUGCAAAAAGGCCAUAAUAAUAAUAGCAAUGAUUAGCAAUGAUACUGAUAAUCGCAUACAAAACUGCAAUUGGGUGACACUUCAUUAGCAAACAUCAAACCCCUCAGAAGGGUGCCCUCACACUCAUUAAGUGGGGAUGUGAUAAAUAAGUAAGGAAUCCAGUCAGUGAGAGAGAGAGAGACCCAAAGGAUUGUAACACCCGCUACAAUGUUCCCAUUUAAUGGUUACUUUCCUGUGUAGCGUUUGUGUUUUGUUUAGUUUUUUGGACGGCUCGGGGGGUUGGGUGUGAACGAAGGUAGAAAUGUGUCAGAGUGGUGUGAGUGUGUGGAAUCAAACGCAGGAACCAGGAUGACGUUAAACACUUUAGUAAAUCCAAAAAUGGACAAAAUAGCCUCCCCAACCGGGUGGCGCACCAAUACGCACUGAAACACUGUGCGGAAAACAAGAAAGAAGCGCACGCAGUGCAAACUCUCGAAAAACCACGAGAGACUGAAUACAGCUGACACAGGCUGACAUAAAACAAUAACGCAUAACACCUGACCCAAACACACAAACUAAAUAAGGGGAACAAUCAAGACACAAACAAGGGACAGGUGUUAUGAACAGACAAAACCAAAAGAACAAGAAACAUCGAACGGUGGCAGCUAGUACUCCGGAGACGACGACCGCCGAAGUCCGCCCGAACAAGGAAGAGGAGCAGCCUCGGCCGAAACCGUGACAGUACCCCCCCCUUGACGCGCGGCUCCAGCCGUGCGCCGACCCGGAGCUCGAGGACGACCCGGACGACGCGGAGCAGGGCGCGCAGGAUGACCCCGAUGGAAAUCGGUCAGUAGGGACUGGUCUAACACGUCCCUCCUUGGCACCCAGCACCGCUCCUCCGGACCGUACCCCUCCCACUCCACAAGAUAUUGAAGACCCCCCAUCCGGCGUCUAGAAUCCAGUAUGGACCUCACGGUGUACGCCGGAGCCCCCUCGAUGUCCAACGGGGGCGGAGGAGUCUCCUCAAUCUCAAAGUCCUGGAGUGGACCAGCUACCACCGGCCUGAGGAGAGACACAUGGAACGAGGGGUUAAUAUUUUUGUAGUCAACAGGUAGUUCUAACCUAUAACUCACCUCGUUCAAUCUCCUCAGGACUUUAAACGGCCCCACAAACCGCCGACCCAGCUUCCGGCAGGGCAGGCGGAGGGGCAGGUUUCUGGUUGAGAGCCAGACUCGAUCUCCAGGUGCGUACACUGGCCCCUCACUGCGGUGUAGGUCGGCGCUCGUCUUCUGUCGACGUAUGGCACGCUGCAGAUGGACGUGUGCAGCGUCCCACGUCUCCUCCGAGCGCCUUACCCACUCAUCCACAGCGGGGGCCUCGAUCUGGCUCUCAUGCCAUGGUGCCAGCACCGGCUGGUACCCCAACACGCACUGAAACGGGGUUAGUUGGGUGGAGGAGUGGCGAAGAGAGUUCUGUGCCAUCUCGGCCCAGGGCACAUAUCUCGCCCACUCCUCCGGCCGGCCCUGACAGUAUGACCUCAGAAACCUACCCACAUCCUGGUUGACACGUUCAACCUGCCCAUUACUCUCCGGGUGGUAACCCGAGGUAAGGCUUACCGACACCCCCAACCGUUCCAUAAAUGCCCUCCACACUCUAGAGGUGAACUGGGGGCCUCGGUCAGACACUAUAUCCUCGGGUACCCCGUAAUGCCGGAAGACAUGGGUGAACAGAGCCUCAGCGGUCUGUAGGGCAGUGGGUAGACCCGGCAUGGGAAGGAGACGACAGGCCUUCGAGAACCUAUCCACAACGACCAGGAUGGUAGUAUUCCCCUGUGAGGGGGGAAGGUCGGUAACAAAAUCCACCGAGAGGUGGGACCAGGGUCGUUGUGGAAUAGGCAGGGGUUGUAACUUACCCCUGGGCAAAUGUCUGGGCGCCUUACACUGGGCACACACCGAACAGGAGGAGACAUAAAUCCUCACAUCCCUAGCUAACGUUGGCCACCAGUACUUCGUGCCAAGGCAGUGCACUGUCCGGCCGAUACCCGGUCUACCUCCAUCCUCACCCCUGACGCAGAUAACUGGUAACCCAGAAAGGAGACCGACUUCUGAAAAAACAGACAUUUCUCUGCCUUGACAUAUAGGUCAUGCUCCAACAGCCUCCGCAAUACUCGGCGCACCAGGGCUACAUGCUCAGCACGGGUAGGACUAUACACCAGAAUGUCGUCGAUGUACACAACCACUCCCUGUCCCUGCAUGUCCCGGAAAAUCUCAUCAACGAAGGAUUGGAAGACUGAGGGAGCAUUCAUCAACCCAUAUGGCAUGACUAGAUACUCGUAGUGCCCGGAAGUCGUGCUAAACGCUGUCUUCCAUUCAUCGCCCUUUCGGAUGCGCACCAAGUUAUAUGCGCUCCUAAGAUCCAAUUUUGUAAAGAACUGCGCACCGUGCAGUGACUCCGUCAUAGUCGCAAUCAGAGGAAGUGGAUAGCUGUACUUCACUGUGAUCUGAUUGAGACCGCGGUAAUCAAUACACGGCCGCAGACCUCCAUCCUUCUUCUUCACAAAAAAGAAACUUGAGGAAACGGGUGAAACGGAGGGCCGUAUGUAUCCCUGUCCAAGAGACUCAGAGAUGUAUGUCUCCAUAGAUUUCUUCUCCUCCUGAGACAAGGGAUACACAUGGCUCCGCGGGAGAGCUGCGCCUGACUGGAGAUCUAUCGCACAAUCCCCCCGUCUAUGAGGCGGCAGCUGCGCAGCCCUAGUCUUACUGAACGCCAAUGCCAAAUCCUCAUACUCGGGGGGAAUCUGCAGUGCUGGCAUUAGAUUCGGACUCUCCACCGAGGUCGCCCCUAUGGAAACACCCAGACACCGCCCCUCACAUUGAGCAGACCACCCUUUAAGAGCUUUCUCUCGCCACCCAAUAAUAGGGUCAUGAGUCAUCAACCAGGGAAGACCCAGCACCACCGGAUACGCAGGAGAGUCAAUCAGAUAAAGCUGAAUUCUCUCCUCAUGACCCUCCUGCGCCAUCAUCUGAAGUGGCGCUGUGACCUCCCUAAUCAACCCAGACCCUAACGGACGGCUAUCUAGGGCAUGGACGGGGAAAGGCUUAUCCACUGGAAGAAGGGGAAUCCCUAACUCUAAACAGAACUGGCGAUCUAUAAAAUUCCCAGCUGCGCCUGAAUCUACCAGCGCCUUAUGCUGGGAACGAGGUGCAACCUGUGGGAAACAAACAGGCAAGGUUAGGUGCACGACAGAAAGCUCUGGGUAAGCAGGGCGCCUACUCACCUGGGGGGACCCCCCAAUGCUAGACCUGCCAUCUCCUCCCCUGGAGGACCCGCCCCAGCACCUAGCCGCAGUGUGCCCUCCACGACCACAGUUGGUGCACGGGCCGGGUCCCCGUGGGCUCCUCCUCCUCCUUUCCCUAGCGCCAGCACCCCCGAGCUCCAUAGGACUCGGCUCGGAGGCGCUGGAAAGUGGAAUGGGCGAACCCCCCCCUCCGGGACGCCCACGGGUGGCGAGCAGGGUAUCCAGCCGGAUGGCCAUGUCGACCAGUUGGUCGAAAGUUAACGACGUGUCCCUGCACGCCAACUCUCGCUGGACGUCCUCUCGGAGGCUGCAGCGGAAAUGGUCAAUAUGGGCCCGCUCAUUCCACCCUGCAUCAGCCGCUAGGGUCCGGAACUCUAAGGCAAAGUCCUGUGCGCUCCUCAUCCCCUGUCGGAGGUAGAACAGACGUUCCCCCGCCGCCUUCCCUUCUGGUGGAUGGUCGAAUACAGCACGGAAGCGGCGGGAGAACUCCGCAUAGUUCGUGGUUGCGGCGUCCAUUCUCCUCCACUCGGCGUUGGCCCACUCCAACGCCUUGCCGGUGAGACAGGAGAUGAGGGCUGAGACGCUCUCGUGUCCCGAGGGCGCCGGGUGUACGGUGGCGAGGUAGAGCUCCACCUGCAGCAGGAACCCUUGACACCCAGCGGUGGAGCCGUCGUACGCCCUCGGGAGCGAGAGCCGAAUCCCACUGGGUUCCGGAGAUGACACCGGAGGGCUGACCGCUGGAGCUGGGUCGGUGGUUGGAGGUGUGGGCACCCCGCUGGUCUCCCAUCGGUGUAGAGUGGUCAUCACCCUCUCCAGGGCGUGACAGACCUGGUUCAUUCGGUCCUCCUGACCACGAAGACGUUCGUCCAUAUCGGCGGUCGGCGCGGUCGCUCCUGCUGAUUCCAUUUCGAUGCGUUAUUCUGUCAGAGUGGUGUGAGUGUGUGGAAUCAAACGCAGGAACCAGGAUGACGUUAAACACUUUAGUAAAUCCAAAAAUGGACAAAAUAGCCUCCCCAACCGGGUGGCGCACCAAUACGCACUGAAACACUGUGCGGAAAACAAGAAAGAAGCGCACGCAGUGCAAACUCUCGAAAAACCACGAGAGACUGAAUACAGCUGACACAGGCUGACAUAAAACAAUAACGCAUAACACCUGACCCAAACACACAAACUAAAUAAGGGGAACAAUCAAGACACAAACAAGGGACAGGUGUUAUGAACAGACAAAACCAAAAGAACAAGAAACAUCGAACGGUGGCAGCUAGUACUCCGGAGACGACGACCGCCGAAGUCCGCCCGAACAAGGAAGAGGAGCAGCCUCGGCCGAAACCGUGACAAAAUGUGGCUGUGGGUUUUCCAGGCAGGCAGGCAGGCAGGAGAGGAAACCAGCGUGAUGCAGAGUAGAGCACUGAGUGUUUUAAUACACACUUACAUUUGCAAGUGGAUGAGAGUUUUUUUUUAUUCUCUCAGGGUUAUUUGAAUAACAUACAAAAAUGUCAAGGUCAGACGCAGGUUUGGAAUGAAAUGACCAAGCCAUUUCUGCACCAGGAAAGGCUGCGAACGGUAAUAGAGAGUUUCAGGGAGAGUUGUUCAGGGCAUGUGUUCAUUUCAGAAUCAAUCAUGGGUCGAGUGGUGUUUCGAGACAAAAAUAUUUUCGGAAUAUAGUUUUUUUGUAUUCACAAGUAGUACAUGAACAACUUAAACAAGCCCUUGUGGCCAAUAGCAGGCAGCAUACUUUUUUGUGAGUUAUCUUUAACAUGGCCUGACUGUAUGGUACAGGCAGGCCCUAAGGUUACAUCCCAAAUGGCACCAUAUUCCCUAUGUAGUGCACUACUUUUGACCAGGGCCCAUAGUGCUCUAGUCAAAAGUAAUGGAUAUAGGGAAUAGGGUGCCAUUUUGGAUGCAGGCCUGAGAUGUGAGUAGGGAGACCUCCGCUAAAGUCCAGAAGAAUCAGCAUCUGUAAGCUAUUUGCCUGAUUAAUGGUGCAUCAAAAUGAGAGAUGAUUGAUGGUUAAAAAUAUAAUUACCUUCAUAACUUAAGUGUGUUUGUUUUAAAGCUUUACAUCGUCUAAAUGUCCAGAGAUGUAACAUUUUCAUAAGGCCUGGAAUAUGGAGGGAGACUAGACCUAUAGCCUAUAUGUAUGAAAGGCCUUCAUAAAAAAGGCCUUUCAAUCUUCCCGUCUCGCACUAGGAAAGUUUUGGACCGUUGUUUCGUGCAGAUUUAAAAGCUGAUUUAUAGGUGCAUUGAUAUGUGGCCCCUUGAACCAUAUAUACUUAGGUGUUAUGGACACACACAAACGCUGUGUAAAAACUAAGCCCUGUAACAAAAGAGUGAGGGAAUAACUUUGCAAUGGAAAGUGGUCCUUGCCAAAACUCAGACUGUAUUUGCCAACACAAUAAUGUUUGUGUGGUUCAGUUACAAUUACUGACUAUCCAUCCAGUCCUACUUCUCUUACCUCUGUUCCAGAGUCUAUGAUGAACAGACCAUAAUUAUGUAUCGUAAUGAUACUUCUUUCUUGCCUCACAUUUCUAUCUACAGAACUUUGCUCACCGGAGCCCAAGGCCUAUUCAGGCAGCAGUUCACUCUCCUUCAUUUUGAAGUGAGUAAAUGUUUCUGUUCUACAUUAGGCAGUAGAAUGUAUCCAUCUGAAAGUCUCCCAGUCCCUUUAUGAUCCCAUUGAGUGUCUUGGAGGGUCUCUUCCUUUCCCGUGGUCCUUGAAAUGACUCUUUCAUACAGAGACCCUUCUUAAAAACUAACUGGCUGUGGUAUAAAAGGGCAGGCAGGCAGCAUUCAAGUUCUUUGCACCACGAAUUUGAAUGAAUGUGUUACUGUAACAGAACUCUUUACAAAAAGAGAUGGAGCAACACAAUCAAUCAUAAAGCUGCUACACAGAAGCCUCUCUGUGGUUCCUGUGUCUUUUGACAGGCUUUAAUAAUGCUUCCACUUGUGUGGAGCCCACUGUUUGUACGAGGAGCUGAUUCGGGAAGCUUUGUGUUAUGUUUCUUCUGCCAUCGUAAUUACGCGAGCUGGGAUUGGUUUAACAAAAAUAGACAUGACUCGCAGUCCAUUUAUCAAAAGUUAUGUGUGCAAUUACAAGGUAAUUCUACUGUAGGAGUGCCCUGCAGAUAACACUUCAGUGGUGGCCAUUUGAAUAACAUUGUUUUUCUACGUUAAAUCAGUAAAAGUUAGCUUUGGCAGCCACUCCGUUCAUUACUGUUUUACUUGCACAGAAUGUAUUUUGAUGGAUCGUGACCAAAACCAAAUGACCUUGGACACUUUCUACAAUAGCCUACGGACUGUGUUGCCAGCAACCGUAACUGUGAAUAAAAACAGUUGUAGAACUUAACCGUACAUCAGAGGUUUGUUGAGGCUUUCUGCAACCACAUUAUAUCCCUCUUAAAUGUUUACUGUAGUCCACCCACUCUAUAAUUCUGGCAAACAAAGUGAAAUCAAAGUAAAACAGGGAGUGAACUAGUCCAAGGCACAGCGAACCUCGGUCAUUCAAAGUACAUGCGUGGGGAGGCCUUUGAGCAGUCGUGAGGAAACUGCCCUGUUUCCACUGGAACAAGUGAAUUGUACUGAAGAAAAUACACCCAUUUCAAUAUUCUCUAUGUUAUCAGACUGUCACCUGGCCAAUCUAGGGCAUUUCACCUUGCUCAACAAAAUUGAUAACAUCUACAGGAUAUUGAUUAUGAUUCAGAAUUAUGUGAGUAAAAUAUUUAAAAUGUCUAUCACUGUCCUAUUCUUCAAGCCCAUACACUUAUGUCCAAAGCAGCAUAUAACAUACUGUAUAAGGCUAUACGGCAACUAUAUAAAGAUUAAAGUGAUUGGUUGAAUAAAGUGAUUGAUUGACCCUGGUGCUAUGCCUUCCCUCAGGUUCCAGGAGUACAAGGCCUUAGUGGUGGGUCUGCUAACGGACCAGCCUGAGGAGGUACUAGUGAACGUGGUGAGGGCCCAGAAACCUGCCAACAGGGCCACCAUCAGGAAGUGUGGAGGCAUCCAGCCCCUGGUCAACCUGCUGACCGGAACCAACCAGGCUCUGCUGGUCAACGUCACCAAGGCUGUGGGGGCCUGCGCCACAGAGCAAGAGAACAUGGCAUAUGUCAUAGAGAUGUAUCAUAUAUUUAAUUAUGUGGCAUAAAUCACCCACCCAGUUCAGAUGAUCAACUGUGGUGGUAAGCGCUUUGUUUGAAGUCUCACUUACGACCAGACAUGUCUUUGCAAGCUCUUCAAAAUGUGUCAUAACCUCUGUUAUUAGCGGCCAUUCAGCAUCAUAAUUGGUCCUAAUAAUGUUGUUGACAGACAGUGUUAUGACACAACUUGGCAUGUGUCCUAAUGAUAAUGUCAGGCUAUGAUCUUAAUCAUUCAUCUUUACGAGGUAGGUUUCAUGUUCUUCUUCAGCUGAGUGACAGUUUUAAAAGCCUUGUUUAUUGACCCUGCUGUAAUAAAUAUGGUUGUGGUGGCGCGUCCCACAGUUUUACUGUACUUCUGUGGUCAUUCAUGUUGCUGGGCUGGUCAGGGUAGCAUACCUUCAGCCAUCCAAGCCCUCAGGGCUGUACAAAUAUAAACACUGAACACAUACAGUCCAGUCCUGCUUCUAGACUACAGUAUGUGCUCAUUUGGUUUCAAUGCUACCAAACGCUGCAUACAGUACAGUAUACAGUCCCAUCUGAAUUUCAUUGCUUUUACAAGGCUGUUACAGACUACAAGACCCUUACUCAAUUAACACUGGACACAAAUAAAUAACUUACGUCCGAGUACGUUUUGUUAGGCAAGCCAUUAACACCAUUGUCAGGAAAAAGUUAUAUGGUUAAGAUAAGCAGAACUACAGUGGUGCAAUAAAAAGUGCAGAACGUUGUUGUGAAGAAAUAAGGCCAUUUCAGCAAUUAGGCUAGCUAGCCUAGCUUCUGGAAGACAUUCAACACACACAGCCCAGGCAGAAUAUUAUAUCAGAACACAUUCAUUCAAGGCCAUGUUUUCUCAUGGAAUGUAUAUUUAGGCCUUGUCAUUUUGCAUUUACAUUUAGUUGUGGACAGAAAGUCGUUAUUUCGACAAGUGCUUUUUGUAUGUCUUGUGGCAGUGACUUAUUUUGUGGACCUGUUUGUACAGUAGUUCGCUGAGCAAUUAACAUAGCUCACAUUUGAUUGUUUCCUGCUCCAGACCACAUAUGGUCAGAGCUGGUUCUCAGAUGAAGGACCAUUGUCUCACUGACUUACUGGACUACAGGGUGAUGUCUGUUUGUCUGUUGCAUUCAAAUUCAGGUGCAAAAUCCAUGUCAGUUAUCUUGGCUUUGUAUUCCUGGUGCAGGGUCACAUGGCCAGGAAAAACUCCUGGCCGUAGUUGUUCCCUUACAAAAAAAUAAAUACGUCAAAUUUGCAGUUUAACUUUAAAAUCGAAUUUUCACAUUGUGAAAUAGCUGUUUUCACAUGUUUUAGAUUAUUAGAUUUAGAGUUCACAUGUUAACACCACCUUUUCACGUGAGAAAUAAAGCGUGUUUUCACCUCACGUGAAUUGCAGUUUCGAAAAUCGGAUAUGCAGUUUCACAUGUGAAAAACUGUUUGACAGUCCUAGUUGACAUUAAAGUGUGAAAAUGCACAUGUGAAAGUGUAGCGGACAUGAGUCGGUGAUGGUUGGUCACAUGUUUUUUGGUCCUCUUGGUUGAAUGGUCAAGAUGUUGGCCAGGUUCUAAUCCCGGCAGUUACAAAAGCACACAUGUGAAAUGUAUAAUAUCACCUGUGAAAUGUUGGGAAACCACAUGUGCACAUGAGUCAUGUGAAAAUGUAAUAUAUGUGAAACUUCAUACGUGUCCGAAAACCACGUGUCUGACUUACACGUCUGUGAUUUGUUCACCUGUGAAACCUCACAUGUGUCUCGCUCGUGUACAUUUCACAUAUAAAAAAUCAAUUUGUUUUCCCUCAUUUGUGUUUUUUCAUGUUCUUUUCACAUGAUUUUUUAAUGUUUUCUUUAUUGGAACGGUUGCUAUUCAAAACUAACUUUUAAAAAACUUUUUUUUUAAUUAGCUUAUUUUUAUUCUAAGCUAUUGCACUGUAUGGUUAAUGACAUCAUAGAAAGUAUCACAUUACAAUCCCUCCUAGUACUUUUAUGUAACUUACAAGAAAGAACAUACGUACUGCAAAUGCCUUGAGUCUUUGUGGUCUCCCCGUUUCCAUCCCUCAUCCAAACUGUCAGUUGUCUCCUUCAUGCUAACGUGUUUCAUACCUGCUCUUGUGAGGACAGCACUUUUCUGGCACUUGAUAUGAAGUUUAGUUUGUUGUUGGGCUUGAUUUAGGAGGCCCCGUAGACUGGAAUCUUAUGUUAUGAUCCCCCAGACUGAUUUAUGUGCAAACGGAAGACAGAUGGCGCAGGGGACUUCUCCUGAUGAGUGCUCGCUCGUUGCCAGUCACGGAGAUACCGUGAUUAGGGAGUGUUUAAGUCAUUAUGACAGCAUUCAAUGUCGGCCUUGUUGGUGGAAGCACACAUGGGAAACACGUUACAUGUUAUUUAUACCAGACAACGGGCGCACUGUGGCGUAAUUCUUUGGGUUCCCAGACCCUGACUACAGCCUUGACUACAGUCAUGUACGCAGCAUGAAAUACGGCUUAUGCUUAAGUAAACUUCAACUCAGACGCAAUGAAAUAUAGAGAGAUCUGUCUACUGGCUCUGUUUGAUUUGGAAAGAAGUACCCCUGGACUACCCACCAUACAGUAUAAUGUUGUUUUGGUUCUAUAUAUAAAUAUAUAUCUAUGGACUUCACUCACUAUACAUGAAUUUACACAAGUUAACCUUUGGCCUACCAUCACGUAGGCGGUCAGUGAUUUCUCAUGAAGAUUCACUUUACCAGACGAGACAGCGAGUGGGUUUUUAGAGCUGUGGUGGAAACAGAAUUGGACUGUUGAAGGUUGGUUUGUGAUUGAAAACUCAUUCAGCUAAAUGUCUGAUCCCUUUGAUCCUGCCCUGUGAUGGGUAUUCAGGGUCUGGACAUGGGCAAACUGAUACUGUAUGGCCCAGCCCAGCCGAGCCAGCUCUGAGAAAGAGAAGCUCUCAAAUGCUCCUCUUAACUGUGAAAGUAUGGUGUAGAUCACACUGACUGGGCCCACUGUAAUAUCACUUUCUCUCUUUUCUCUUCCUCCUCUCUCUUCUCUCCCUCUCUCCCUUUCUCUUCUCUCUCUCUUUCUCUGACUUUGUCUCUCUCGCCCUCUUUCUCUUCUCUCUCUCCCUCUCUCACUUUCUCUUUCUCUUCCUCUCUCUGUGUCUCUCUUCCCUCUCUCUCUCUAUUUUCUCUCUCUCUUCUCUUUUCUCUUCCUCAACAGGAUCAUUGA